ACAGUUUGUUUGAGCAAAGUUUUCUUUUCUAUUUUAUUUUUGUGUUCGUCUCAAACCCCCCCCACACACCACCCAUACGUUUGUAAUUUUGUCAAAAUUUCUGGACGGGAAUAGUAGGAAUUAUUUCGUCAGCCCAAUAACAAUUUACACCAAUUCAAAUUAAGAAGUUUGUGAAAUCAACCAACGCGAAGUUGGUCAAAUUAUUUUCCCGCAUCAUGUCAAAAUUCAAUACCACCUUGAGCGGUCGCCAGUUGAGUGCCCGCACCUCGGAUGUCGAUGCCUUGGCCCAGCGCGGCUACAAUGUGGGCCACAAGAUUGGCGAGGGCUCCUAUGCCACUGUCAUCACCGCCGGCUACUUGGAUGACGCUGGGCGUGGCGUCAGUCUGGCCUGCAAGAUCAUCGACAAGGCCCGCGCACCCACCGACUUUGUGAACAAGUUCUUUCCGCGCGAGCUGGACAUUCUGACGAAGAUCGAUCAUCCGAACAUUAUACAGAUCCACAGCAUACUGCAGCGCGGGCCGAAGAUCUUCAUCUUUAUGCGUUUCGCUGAGAACGGGGAUCUGCUGUCGCACAUCAAGAAGCACGGCCCCAUCGACGAGAAGCAGUCGAAGAUUUGGUUCCUGCAAAUGGCCAAGGCACUGCGCUAUCUGCACGACAUCGACAUUGCACAUCGGGAUCUCAAGUGCGAGAACAUUCUGCUGUCGAAGCGUCUGAACAUCAAGCUGGCGGACUUUGGCUUUGCUCGCUACUGCCGCGACGAUUGCGGCCUCGAGCUGAAGUCGAACACGUACUGCGGCUCGGCGGCGUAUGCCGCACCCGAAGUGGUCUCCGGACGGCCCUACGAUCCCAAGAUGGCCGAUGCCUGGUCUCUGGGCGUCAUUCUGUUCAUCAUGAUGAACGCCAAGAUGCCCUUCGAUGACAGCAAUCUGUCCAAGCUGCUGGAGGAUCAACGCGGUCGCAAGUUUGCCUUCCGUCGCAAGCUGCAGGACAGCAUCACGGCGCCAGCAAAGGCCACCGUUUCGGUGCUGCUGGAGCCGGAGUCGGCUGCUCGCUGGAAUCUGCGUGAGAUUCUCAGGUGCGCCUGGCUGCUCGGCGUUGACGAUAAGCCCGAGACAGCCUGUACCUAAGGAGGUUGGAUCGCGCCUGCGACCCUCAAGAGCUUGCGUGUUGAUUUCACAGAUGGAAAGUUUAUUAGCUUGAAAUUUUUUGGUUAUUUAUCCGAUCAGCUCAUCAUAUCUAUACCCAGCCCUUGGUUAUCCUUCUCCAAAAUGUAAUAAUGUCGAAUAAUAGUCCAGUAAAUCAA